AUGAAGUUCCUAUUAUGCACCGCUGCCAUCUUGGCCCUGGCUGUUGCCAGCCCUACCAACCGGGUCAUGGUGCAGCCAGGCCCCGCGGGACCCGCUCCCAUCAUCGACUUGGACCAGCUUGCGCCCAUCGCCAUCGGACCCGCCAUCAUUGGCCACCCAGAAAACAUUGCAAUUGGACCCGCCUUCGUUGAUACCCCAGACAACGUUGUCAUUGGGCCCGCUCUCAUUGACUUCCCCUUACCUGACGGUGGUGCCUUGACUGAGCCCAACCCCGUCAUGCCCGCACCCCCUAAGCCACCAACUAGCGCUCCCCUCGUCCAAAUCAUCUUGAACAUCAGGUCGCCAUCUGACGUCGCCGUCGACGCCCCCUCCCUAAUUCCCACCCCUGUGCAAGUUAUCGAACAACCCAUCGUCCCUGAGCCCGUUAUCGUGGUCGAGCAACCUAUUGCCCCCGAGCCAGUUAUCGUUGUGGACAAGCCUAUCGUCCCCGAGCCAGUUAUCGUUGUGGACAAACCUAUCGUCCCCGAGCCAGUUAUCGUUGUGGACAAACCUAUCGUUCCCGAGCCAGUUAUCGUUGUGGACAAGCCUAUCGUCCCCGAGCCAGUUAUCGUUGUGGACAAACCUGUCGUUCCCGAGCCCGUCAUCGUUGUCGACACACCCGUCGUUCCUGAGCCCGUUAUUGUGGUAGAUGAGUCUGCAGCUCCUGAAGGAGUCAUCGUCGCCCAGCCAAUCGCUCCCGUGCCCGUAAUUAACAUUCCCCAAACCAUCAAC